AUGAUGGGUCAGUAUGAUGGACACCAGGAGACCAAACAGACACCAGGAGACCAAACAGACACCAGGAGACCAAACAGGAGACCAAACAGACACCAGGAGACCAAACAGACACCAGGAGACCAAACAGGAGACCAAACAGGAGACCAAACAGACACCAGGAGACCAAACAGACACCAGGAGACCAAACAGGAGACCAAACAGACACCAGGAGACCAAACAGGGGACCAAACAGACACCAGGAGACCAAACAGACACCAGGAGACCAAACAGACACCAGGAGACCAAACAGACACCAAGAGACCACACAGACACCUGGAGACCACACAGACACCUGGAGACCACACAGACACCAGGAGACCAAACAGACACCAGGAGACCAAACAGACACCAGGAGACCAAACAGACACCAGGAGACCAAACAGACACCAGGAGACCAAACAGACACCAGGAGACCAAACAGACACCAGGAGACCACACAGACACCAGGAGACCACACAGACACCAGGAGAUCAAACAGACACAAGGAGACCACACAGACACCAGGAGACCAAACAGGAGACUAAACAGACACCAGGAGACCACACAGACACCAGGAGACCAAACAUACACCAGAAGACCACACAGACACCUGGAGACCACACAGACACCAGGAGACCACGCAGACACCAGGAGACCACACAGACACCAGGAGACCACACAGACAUCAGGAGACCACACAGACACCAGGAGAUCAAACAGACACAAGGAGACCACACAGACACCAGGAGACCAAACAGGAGACCAAACAGACACGAGGAGACCACACAGACACCAGGAGACCACAUAGACACCAGGAGAUCAAACAGACACAAGGAGACCACACAGACACCAGGAGACUACACAGACACCAGGAGACCACACAGACACCAGGAGACCACACAGACACCAGGAGACCAAACAGACACCAGGAGACCAAACAGACACCAGGAGAAUAAACAGACACCAGGAGACCACACAGACACCAGGAGACCAUACAGACACCAGGAGACCACACAGACACCAGGAGACCACACAGACACCAGGAGACCACACAGACACCAGGAGACCACACAGACACCUGGAGACCACACAGACACCAGGAGACCACACAGACACCUGGAGACCACACAGACACCAGGAGACCACACAGACACCAGGAGACCACACAGACACCAGGAGACCAAACAGACACCAGGAGACCACACAGACACCUGGAGACCACACAGACACCUGGAGACCACACAGACACCUGGAGACCACACAGACACCAGGACACCAAACAGACACCAGGAGACCAAACAGACACCAGGAGACCAAACAGACACCAGGAGACCAAACAGACACCAGGAGACCAAACAGACACCAGGAGACCAAACAGACACCAGGAGACCACACAGACACCAGGAGACCACACAGACACCAGGAGACCACACAGACACCAGGAGACCAAACAGACACCAGGAGACCAAACAGGAGACCACACAGACACCAGGAGACCAAACAGGAGACCACACAGACACCAGGAGACCACACAGACACCAGGAGACCACACAGACACCAGGAGACCACACAGACACCAGGAGACCAAACAGACACCAGGAGACCAAACAGACACCAGGAGACCAAAAAGACACCAGGAGACCAAACAGACACCAGGAGACCAAACAGACACCAGGAGACCAAACAGACACCAGGAGACCACACAGACACCAGGAGACCACACAGACACCAGGAGACCACACAGACACCAGGAGACCACACAGACACCAGGAGACCACACAGACACCAGGAGACCACACAGACACCAGGAGACCACACAGACACCAGGAGACCAAACAGACACCAGGAGACCAAACAGACACCAGGAGACCAAACAGACACCAGGAGACCAAACAGGAGAUCAAACAGACACCAGGACACCAAACAGACACCAGCUGUGACACCAACGCAGCGCUGCGGCUCACGACCAGCCCAGUUCUCAUAGCAGAGAGACACUUGAAAACACUGAAACCCAUUACGAUGAAAUGUCAAGCCUCUAUUUUCAUCAUGCAGUCAUUCUCUCUGAUCUCUUCUCUCUCUCGGUCUCUCCUCCUCUUCCCAGAAGGCUUUUCAUCUACAGAGAAAGAGGCUCCCAUUCAGUUGUUGAAGGGACAGGUAGAGAAUACUGUGUGUGGAAAAUAG